AUGGAGAGUGAUACCACAAGUAUUUCAUUUCAGCCGCUUUCUGGAGCCCAAUCAACCACUCCAUUUGCUUAUCUUCUCCAUGUUGAUGAAUUCACAUUUUUAUUGGACUGUGGUUGGACAGAAGAUUUCAGAUUAGAAGAUAUUCAAACACAAAUAGAAAUUUGUUCUCAUGUUAAUGCAGUUUUGCUUUCACAUGCCUCUAUAGAGCAUAUUGGAGCGCUUCCUUAUCUUUGCAGCCAUGGUUUAUCCGCUCCAAUUUUUGCAACUAUGCCAAUUCCAGCUCUUGGAUCACUUCUUAUUUACGAUUCAUAUUUAAACAUACGCGAUGAAGAAGAAUUUAAAGAAUUUAAUGCAAAUGACAUCGAUCAAGCUUUUCAAAAAAUUAAUCGUAUGACAUAUCAGCAAUCAGAACAACUUGAUGGCAAAAACAUUACAAUUACACCAUAUAACGCAGGAAAUACGCUUGGUGGAACCGUCUGGAGGAUCGUAAAAGGCCAAAAUGAAGUUAUUUACUCAGUUUCAGUUGGCGACCACAGUAAAUACCUCAGCAGCUUCAGCCUUGAAUCCGGAUUGCAUCCAACCCUCUGGAUUCUCGAUGCGCGAGGCCCAGAGAGCCAUCGCGACGGAAAAGAAGAUGAGUUCUGGAGACAAAUAUUUGGUAAGCUAAACGGCGGCAAAACGAUUAUUUUCCCUACAGACGGCGUUUCCGGUUCUUUGGAAGUAAUUUCGAGAUUAAAAGAACAAUGGAAGAAAGUCAAUUGGAAAUGGAAGAUAUACUUUUUAUCACACAGUUCUCCAGCUGUUUUGAAGAACGCGCAGUCAUUAUCUAACUAUUUAUCAUUAGAUAUUCAAGAAAAGAUUAAUUCAGGCGAAUAUCCAUUCGAAUUCAACGACCCUGAUCUCAGUUACUUCUCGUGUGUUACCAGUAUCAAGGAUAUCGACUUUAGCCAAGGCUGUGUCGUUAUUUCCUCAACAGAUACUUUAGAACGCGGUUUCUCAAGAAAAUUAUUCCUUGACAAGGCCAACUCGGACAAUCUGAUCAUAUUUACCCAGAGAGAACCCCCUUAUUCGUUGGCCGAAGCCUUAAGAACGAAUAAUGCCCACAGAACCUUCCGUUUUAUCAUCAAGCACAGGGAGCCAUUGACAGGAGAAGAGUUGGUUAAGUUCAUGGAGAAGCAAAGUGCUCUCCAAGAGAAGGCAAACGAAAUUGAAGGAGAUAUCAGCGACGAAAGUGAUGAAGUGAGCCAAGAAAACAUCGAGAACUCCAGCCAAAUCGCACAGUCUCUGAAAAAGCACUUCUUCCAGUUCAAAAGAAAGGAAACUUCAGAUUUAUCAGAUUAUGGAGCGAACAUUGUAGUCGAAAACUAUCUAAAAGGUGCUAACCCGAUGGCUCCUUCCAAGAUGGAUACGUCAAAGAUGAUAGAUUCCUCUCUUACCCAACAAAAUUUCAUCCAAGAGCUAGUAUACAAGCCAUCCAAGUUUAUGAUCACUCAAUAUGACUACAAUUUCGUUGGUACAGCCGUUUUCUGGAAUCUCGAAAGAACUUCCGAUUAUUCUACAAUUGCUUACAAUGUAACAAGCUUCAAUCCGACCGAUAUCAUUAUAAUUGGCGCUAAGAAGGAGAACUGUGAAGAAUUGAUGAAGAUUUUGAAGGGAAAAUCCCCUCAAAAUACAAGAAUUUAUAUUCCGGCCAUUGGAGAAAAAGUGUCUCUUCAAAGGGAUCUGACCACACGUAAAAUUAGCCUUUCCCGUGCUUUAUUGAGUGGAAUUGACUUUGUAAACUGCGGAGUCAACGAUAUCGCGUACAUUGAAGCAACUCUUAAAGCGGAUGAGCACCAGCAGUUCGUACAAGCAAGACCUGUCGAAAGCAGUGCAGGACAUCAAGCAACUUUCGUUGGAACAAUUGAUAUGAGCCAACUUUCAAGUAAACUGGAUUCCCUUGGAAUCAAUAAUGACUUCAAGGCUGGAGGUGUCUUGGAAUGCGGUAGAAGAAGAGUUAAAGUAAGAUUAGUUAAUGAAAAAUCAAUUACAGUCGAAGGAAUGAUUUGCCCUGAUUAUAUUAAGGUUAGAAAUGCUAUACAAGACUUACUUAAGAUGAUUUAG